AUGAAGAUCCACGUGCAAUUGCAGCCCCAGAGGUUGCUCGUCUGCCCGACGUCUCUCGCUAAGCAUCUGCAAGCUAUGCUCAUGGAUGACAUUUCGCAAGAAAAUCUCGACUCCAUCAAUAAGCAAAUUCUUUAUCAGACGCACGCCGAGGCAGUGACAUGUUCUGUCUAUCAAAUAUGGUUAACUCUCGCCUGGCGAUAUUCGCCGCAUUUUCUUUCGGCUGCAUUACGUGACCAAACAUCUGCCGGAGUCCGUAAAGCAGGUAUCAAAAUUGUCCGGCAGUUCUUCGGUAAACCCUUACAGCAAGUACGAGGGUGGGGUCUACUUGGAGGGGCCCAGGGAAUCAAGGAUAUUCUCGAUGGACUCCCUCUAGCCGAAGUACAUUUAUUCGUUAAAGCCAUUUCGCAUUCUAGCCAUCACUCAAUCAGUGGAUUGCUAGAGGCAUAUUUUGAUGAACUCAUGACUCUUAUCGACGCAUCAGAAGUCUGGAUCACGAGAUCGCUUUCGCGAUAUGUGGCUCCGUUGUAUGCACACUGCAGUGCUGGAAAGGCAACAGAAGCUUUGAGGUCUGGGAUUAUCAGCUCUCAGACCUUCUGCCGUCAUCUCGGUCGCACUCACCCUCAACUCUUGCGGCAGAUUGCGAUUGGUGCUGUCGAGGUACCAACCCCUGUGCGCCGGCAUAUCUUGGACACUUGUGCUGAGAUCUUACUGGAAUCAAAUGAAACAUACGUGCGGAUUCAUUCCACGGAAAUUUACAUCGGCAAUGACCCUGGCCUGACAUUUGGUGUGGAUAUGCUAUCGCAAAUCAAAGCAAACGAGCCUAAUCUACAGACACGUGGGCCCUUGAUCCGUCGAUGGAUUGGGCUGCUUUUGAACCUGGCGAUCCUGACCACCAUUUUUUGGGAGGCCCGUCAAGUCCUCUCAUGUGGUGCCGAUACGCGACCCGCAAAGCCUGCAUCGGAAUUGAACCUCCGAGCUGAGAUAAAUAAGGCGCAUCUGGCUCUGAAGGGUCUGCUUGAAAGCAUGACGCUUCUCCUUCGCGAGCCUUGGGCUUCGAAUUCAGCGUCGUCGAUAUACGGGGUCGAUUCCAUGUUCACUGAUAUUCUCCGUCAGAGGAUAAAUGCAGUUAAAAUCUAUACCCUCGACUGCUUAGCAACUGAGUCUGAGUUAAUUGAAAUCUUGGUUGACUCUUUAAUACCCAUUCUGAUCGAAUACGAACGUGAAGGAAAUCUGGAAGGCGGGAAAGCUUUCUCCUGGAGCGGCUCCGCUGGUUUGGUCCGGUAUUUCGGAUGCCCUAAUUGCCCUAGCCGGGUCGAGCUUGCAUUUAUGGACCAACUUGGAAAGGCACGUGAUGACCUUUGGGCACAUUUACGGGCUUGCAGGAAGCCAGAUGUCUUGCUAUUAGGGCCUGGUUGGCCUCGUGGUCUUCCACUCCAAUCCUUGGUGCCGGAUAAAGAAUGGCUUUACCAUGCAAUGAAAAGACCCGAAGAAGCACCUUUUUUAUCUUCGAGGUGCCAUGAACUUCUGUUUAGCCCACGAGAUAUCGUCGUUGCCUCAUUGCCCCAAAACUUCGAGGAAAUCAACGAGUUUGUGGACGAUUUGCAAUUUGCAAUUCAUGCUAUGAUUUUUCGCGGCGAACAAAACGCCAAAGAAGAUUGGAUCAGACGUAUCUGGGAGUAUUAUUCGUCAGUUUUGCAGACACAUCCAUUGCAGCUUGAGCUUUUCCAAGAAUGGCUGGUCUCUAUUCUUGAAAAUGAUUAUCACAGGGACAGACAAUUCAAUCCAUCUGGGGCAAUCAACAUUGUACAGCCUCAUGUCACAACCCCUUUCCCAUUGAUAUCGAAUGUUCCAAUUGGAUUGCAUGCGAUAGAAUGGGAUCCCUUAGAGGGCUUUGAGGAUGCCGUGGAAGCCUGCAAGCCUUCGAUUGACACAAAAAGACCAAAAGUAAUACCGAGCAUGGUUCUCAAUGCUCGAAUUCAUAGCACAAAGUGGCGAGGUGUGGAUGAUUAUGUCCUCACAAGUGAUCUCAAUUCUAGACCAGGACCCAACCCUAUAGCGAUCUGGCUGACAGAAUCAUCAUCGACUAACACAAGAAAAACUUCGAUGUACGACAACCGGGAAGCGGUGAUCUUGUCGGCUCUUCUUUAUCUGAACACCUUCAACCAUAAUUCCCGACUCUUUCAGGCAGAAUUUCCUGAUAGCGAAUACCCUCGCUAUGGACCGACAUAUCUGGCUGACAAGUUUAUCACCCGAGUGACCAAAGCUGGGGUUCAAAAUUCCAUGAAUGAAGCACUUGAUGCUUUGAAGAGAAAUACCAAGCAUAUACCUGCUCAAAUAUUGCGGGACAUUAUCUGCUCGUUGCUCGACACGCUGAAAGCAUCGCCGAACGCUUUCAAUUAUCCAAAGGUUCUCCAUUGUACACUGGAGUUGAUCGACCUACUAUUGAAGGGCACCCAGCCUCAACUUGUGCUCGAUGUGGCGCCAAGAUUAUGGAUGGAAUUUCCCAACGACUCCUCGAGCCAUCGAAAGAUAAGCCUCGUGAAGCUCGGAAGAUGUCUUACCCCAAAUCAGGCCAGCGGCAUAAUUCAAAGCCUUGUCGUUUAUGCGGGUGAUAUGGUAAAAAUGCCGCAAGCAUCGAGUGAUGGUCCACAGAAACCGUUAAUGAAGGUCACGACAGUGAAGAUGCUCGCGGAGAGUCUUUCCAGUGCGGACUUCGUUGCGCCAGCUACUCGAGUGCACCUCCUCGAGAGCCUGUUCAACACCAGAAAUCAUCUUGACAUUCGUGUGGAGAUAGUCAAAUCUCUGCUCAAACUGGUCAGUCGGGACACCAGUACUCAUUUGUUUCAAAUAUUGUCCACAAUUUCUUCGUCUGCUGCAGGGCCUAGUGAAAGGGACACGGUCACCGAUGAUGACUGGCACGCAGCGGAAGUUGGCGGCCCACUGCCUCCCACACUCUCUGAGCAUCCACUCCUGGAUUUAUUUGUCAAAGAUGCGGUUUGUGGAGUUCCAAAUGAACUACACUCGGAUUAUGUUGAAAAGGUGGUUUUGCCUUUGCUGACAGAGUCUAUCCGCCAACAUACCAGAUGGAUGACCAUCUUACUCGCACGGCUCAGCCUCUCACUGUCAGAUCUCGGUUUGGCCGACUCAGACAUCGGUCCUUUCUGUUUCAAUCUCGUCGAGUUGGUUUUCCAAAACUGGGCAUGCUAUGUCCCUGCCACCUAUUUGCAGUAUUGCCGCAGUCGCGAGUUCGUAUAUUUGCACCGCCAUGCUUUCAAUAGAAUCGCUGAAGCAUUUGAGUUGUCCACGGAUCUGAUAUUAAAGACCGACAAUGUGCGAGGCCAUCUUCACGCCCUUCUUGAGUCCCAGCGCCAUGAACGUCCUCUCACAUAUGUAAAUCGAUUCCUAUUUGUGAGAGGUAAUAAGCAACCAACAGCCAUUUUGGAUGAGACUCUGCUUGAGGACUAUAUUUCCCGCGUCGAAGUCUUCAGCAGGUCGCCACUCGUGUACAACGACUUUUUGAGGACAUAUAGCAUUCAACCUGGCUACACCUUGGAAGCCUUGAAGAAUUUGAGGCAAGCUGGUCGGCCUCCCAGCCGUCAAGCCUUUGUCAGGAAACUCAUGAUUGGUAUCGUCGAUGCUACCGAAAAGGUCCGGAAAGAAGGAUGGUCGCCUGAUUUGACCGCUUAUCCUGUGACUCUCCCAGCUGCAUUUGAGUAUGAGGUUCAAUUGCUUCCGUGGCCACCAUCGAAGCCAGAGCUGUCCAGCUUGGGCAUACAUGAACUCAUUUCGGGUGUUACCAAGUUGAUCUCCAAAUACGCUGCAGAUCCAGUAUUGCCCAUCAAGAUCGAUGUCUUUGCGCCAAUUCUGAAGGAGGUUAAGAAUGAGGAUAAAGUAUCAUGUGCUUUGUUGCUUGGAGAGGACCUCGGUGAUCUGAAUGAUCAGCACGGGCUCAUGAAGGCAUGGGCCAAGGUGAAAUUGUCAAUGAUGUUGCUGAAGGCCGCAAAAACGGCGAAAGUGCCACUGGACGGGAAUGCCAUGGAUAUGAUUCACAAAUGGAAAUGUAGUGAUAUUGAGAUGGUCCGGCAGAUUGCAUGGGAGUGGGACUGGAGCAACUAA